AUGGCGGAUGGGUCUUCUCCAACGUCUUCUUCGGUGCCUCUAUGUAUAUCAGAUCAGCACCGCAUCUAUCUCAGAUCUGUCGGAUCUCCGAUGAUCUCGAUCGAGUUUUCAGAAAACAUGGAUGCAACCGGCGUUGAUGUCAGAUUCCGGCGAACUCUUUGGGGUUUCGGCUGUCGGAAUCUAAGCUAUAAUCAGUUGAGGAAUCACAUAAUUAGAAUGUUUAUUCUGUGCUGUGUUUGUUAUUGCAGCUGGUCCCAACUCUUGGAAAAACUUGCUCUUCCAAAUAUCAAGUGGAUAUGCCCAACUGCUCCUACUUGCCCAGUGGCUAUACUUGGUGGAUUCCCUCGCACUGCAUGGUUUGAUGUUAGAGAACUUUCAGAAGAUAGUCCUGAUGAUUUCGAAGGUUUAGAAGCUUCAGUAGCGCAUAUUGCAAACUUGUUGUCAACAGAGCCUGCUGAUAUUAAACUUGGUAUCGGGGGUUUUAGUAUGGGUGUUGCAACUGCCCUUUACUCUGCAACUUGUUUUGCCCAGGGAAAAUAUGGAAAUGGGAUCGAUUACCCUGUUAACUUGAGGGCUAUUGUUGGUCUAAGUGGUUGGCUUCCUGAUUCAAGGUCGUUGAGGAACAAGAUAGAAGGAUCACAGGAGGCUGCAAGGCGUGCUGCAUCUUUGCCCAUUUUGCUCUGUCACGAAAUCUGUAUGUACAUUACAUUUUGGACUCCCUUUUUUUUAAAAAAAAGUUUUCUUGGGAAUGAUAAAGUUCUUUUCUCACAUGUUGUUCGACUUCAUGCAUAUAGCUUCAAACUAGUGCGAACUAGCAAACUGUUGCUCUUAAAAUUUAAGUCUUCAAUUUGCUAUUUUUUUGGUAUUGGGACAUCUACUGUAAUUACCAGCUUGUUGUUCCUAUUCACUGAUAAUUCAUAG